CGGGCUUGAACCGAUCCGCCCCUGGAGAGAGAACGGAGGCAGAGAUCGGCCUCAGCGUGUGUUCACCAGAGACAAAAGCAGCGAGACGCAUCUGUGCGGAGCCGCUGCGAGCGAGCGAGCGCCCCCGACGCGCGCGCACACACGUGUUGCGCGUUUACUGAACUGAAGCCGCGCUCGUUGCAGAUGAAAGUGGGGGGUGUUUCUACCUCACGGAGGAAGUUCUACUAUACUGCUGCUCAGGGGGAAGUGGAACCGAUGAUUGCAUUGGCAGUUGUUUUUUCUUGGCACGAGCAACUCAUCCUCUGACGAAAGCGCUGCCGGACGUUUGUGGACGAGGUAACAGUGAAAGCGACACACAGUUCCAGUGAUGUGCGUUUCUUGCUUCCUGUCAGACGCUCACGAAGUUUAUGGAAAGAAGCCCCGCCAGGGAAGCCGCCGCAGGGAGAUCACAGCCGAGGCGCGGCCCUCGCCCGGCUGCUGCGUCCGCGCCCACGAGCAGCGACGUCGGGCCGCUGUGCCGUUGAGCAAACCUCCUUAACGGCCGUCUGAGCGGCGCGGGUGCGACGGCGGUGCAGCGGCUGCCCGUCGGCGGCCCGCGGAGGCUGAGCAGCGGUCCCCCGGCUGCAGCGAUGGUGGUUGAGGCAUCGCUGACCUCGGCGCUCUUCUCACCAUGCCGGACGCCGCCGCCGCCGCCCUCUACGUGGUCUACGUGGUCGUGGAGCUGCUGAUCGCCGUGUUCUCCGUGCUGGGCAACGUGCUGGUCUGCUGGGCCGUGGGCCUCAACAGCAACCUGCAGAGCAUCACCAACCUGUUUGUGGUGUCGCUGGCGGUGGCCGACAUCGCCGUGGGCGUCCUGGCCAUCCCCUUCGCCAUCCUCAUCAGCACCGGCUUCUGCUCCAACUUCUACGGCUGCCUGUUCAUCGCCUGCUUCGUGCUGGUCCUCACUCAGAACUCCAUCUUCAGCCUGCUGGCCAUCGCUAUCGAUCGUUACAUAGCGAUCAAAAUACCACUCAGGUACAACGGCCUGGUGACGGGCGAGCGCGCGCGGGGCAUCAUCGCCGUCUGCUGGGUCCUGUCCAUCGCCAUCGGCCUGACGCCCAUGAUGGGCUGGCACCAGCCGCCCGGCAACGGCACGUGCGCCGGCGGCCUGAUGCCGUGCCUGUUCGAGGAGGUGGUGGUGAUGGAGUACAUGGUGUACUUCAACUUCUUCGCCUGCGUGCUGAUCCCGCUGCUGCUGAUGCUGGGCAUCUACCUGUGCAUCUUCAUGGCCGCCCGCCACCAGCUGAAGCUGAUGGAGGCGAAGGCGGCGCCCGGCGGGAAGUCUCCGUCCGUGCUGCAGAAGGAGAUCCAGGCGGCCAAGUCGCUGGCCAUCAUCGUGGGGCUGUUCGCCGUGUGCUGGCUGCCGCUGCACAUCAUCAACUGCUUCACGCUCUUCUGCCCCGCGUGCGCCCGCCCCCCGCCCUGGGUCAUUCACGUGGCCAUCAUUCUCUCCCACGCCAACUCCGUCAUCAACCCCUUCAUCUACGCCUACCGCAUCCGGGAGUUCCGGCAAACCUUCCGCAAGAUCAUCCGCCGCCACGUGCUGGGGCGUCAGGAGCUGCCGCCGAGCCGCAGCAGCGGGCGCUCCGCGCGCGCCAGCGUCCGGGGCUCCGCCAGGAUCACGGCGAACGGCCUCGGCGCGGGGCGGGGCGGCGCCGGCGAGGGCCCCGCCCACGCGUCUCCCGUGGGAGGCGGUCUGAUGACGGCGUCCAGCCUCCCGCUGUCCGUCGUCAUCGCCCACUGCCCCAAAAUGAGGCCGUGUCAGGCUCAGGGCCGCGCGGACGGGGACAAGCGGACCCUCGGUUCCGCCCGGGCCGCGCCGCUGCUCAGUGAGAGCGACCUGAGCGAGCUGGAAAAUGGCUCCUGACCCAGGAGGGGCCCUGAACCAACACACCAGCAGCUCAGCAGCAGCUCGGACUGCAACACGCUCCACAUUUAACUGUCUCCACUAUUUAAACACAGUGAGGUCCACUAAAAGCAAACGGGCCCAGAGGCCGCUUGAUGACGGGCCACGGGACCCAAAGCCUCUUCAGCUUCAACUGCAGUAUUUGCUUCCUGAAUGGUUCCAUGCCAUUAAAACAUUCUGAUCAAUGAAAUUGCACAACCCACUAAAGUGUAGCCGGUAUCCACUCACUGGCCACAUUAGGAGCUUCACCUGUUCGCUGAUAUGUUUAUUAUUCAUUAUGGACUUGGUUGAACCCGAUGAACUGGCCAGCGCAGUAUAGAACAGGAGUGGAGCACAGUCCCACAAACCUGCACAGCAAAGUUCAUGUCUAAUGUAAAACCUGACCACUAUUAAAAUCUCUGCUCUGACAGAAAUGAAUGUGUUUGGUUUGAACUGAAACAUCAAGGAUGGUGUGAGCCGUCUUAAGUUAUACUGAUGGAGAUGUUGAUGUGAUGUGGUAGCGAUGCAGUAAUAGAAGGUACGUUUAUGAAGAAUGAAUGCUUCAAUACUUCUCCAUCCUCAUCAGCACCGCUGCCUGUUCACGGCCUGCUUCGUGCUGGUCCUCACACAUCAGUGUGGUUUCAGGGUCAGUUGGCUCCUGCAGCUGCUGAUCCAGGUAACCAGCAGGCUCUGGGGAAGGGAGACAUGGAAAACCAGCAAUGGAGAUUGGAAAAACCAGCAAGGGACUGGUUUGAGCUGGACGCUCCUGCUCUAUAUCGUUACACAGUGAUCAAAAUACCACUCAGAAAAUCAAACAAUAGUUAGAGAGACACAUUUCUGAUAAUAUGCUGUUCAUUAUUGUUGUUGCUUCUUAUGCUCCCAGUUGGACCAGUACCUGUCCUUCACUGGUCUUAAACCUCCCUCUGUUCCUUGUCUUUUUGAUUUUAGCCUAAAACAGCCUCCAGCUGACAUUAUCUGGAGGAUACUGACAGGUCAGAUGGAGUCAUCAAGUGUCUCACUGGAGGUUGUGGUCUCACUUGACCUCCUCCUGAUGACACAACACGCAAGAAUUAACAGGGAAGGUCAUGGGGAGUAGAAUUCCACUUCACCUAAAUGACUGAAUAUUUAUUCCUUGGCUAUAAUUAUAUUACUUAUGGGCUGUUGAUCUAAUGACCACAUUUUCCUUAAAACCAUAAAUAUAUUCUUAUGUAUCAAAGUUCUAAAAUGAAAAAAUGUGUAUUUUGAAUUGCUGGAAGAAAAAAAAGCUGCAUCUAUAACAACAGUUACAGAAUACUGUAGUAGAAAUGUUGCUCAACAAUAAAUUUUAUUACUGACAUUUACCAAAACACUAUCUCUCAAACGCCACUUAAAAGUAGAGCAAAGUAGAAAACUGUUCUGUGAUCAGACAAAUGUACCCAUUAGCGUCUGGAGCCAUUUGUGUCAUUUUGUGUAACAUGAACCUUGUUCCAGACAUCCUGAACCUCUGGACGAGGAGGACAGGGACCGCCCAGGUACUAAUCAAUGCUCAUUCGAAAAGCUUCUCUGCUACUAAGUCCCCAAAUGGCCACAGUCCUCAGACUCCAGACCAGUUUUCCCUCAGUUUGUGUGAAUGUCUGUUUCACUGUGAAUAAAACCGGUGUUUUCAUUGCAAAUGAUCACAUUCAUUUUUCACACAGCUUUUGUGGUUCCACUGAAUGCAGCUGUUCCACGUGGUGUUGUACUAGAGAGCAUAUUAGUGACUGCAGCUGUCACUGUUAAAGAGGUUACGCAGCGAGGGUCGUUUCUCUUGCAAACUCAAUUUCAGCCUGGGCCGGUCUGCCUCAGCUCCAGAUUAAAACUGAAUGGCCUCUUUGAUGGCUGUUACAGGAAGCAGAGCCGUGCUGAGCCCGGUUCGUUAGCUCCCCUCUGCAGCAGGAAACAAUAAAACCUUAUUUUCGGGCAGUCUUGACAUCACUGUCCAGUGUCCAAGUCCCGAGUCCUGGUCUGACCCACGCCUGCUGUGUGCUGUGAAGAUGCUGAGAACAGCCAGUGUGAAUGUUCACGUGUCCUCAAGCUCUUGAUAGUGUAAAACACAGUUAAUGGACUCUCCAAAAUACAUGGUUGAUAACUUGUUUAGUCGUAAAACCAUUGAGGGAAACCCAAUAAACACGUGCUGGGACCGGUCCACGGGUGAAAAAGGUGAGGGUAAUGACUGGGUACAACGUUUUCUCAACCUAUUGAAGUGCUGAGCCACUAGCGCCACCGUGUGGUCACUACAGCCUUGCUAAUCUGUCACUUAGUUCUGCUGGGGGUCGGGGUCGCCGGAGUCGAUCCCAGCUGUCAAUCAGGCGGGAGGCGGGCCUUCCAUGCACGGGGCCCAUGCAGGCAACACACGCACAAACAGACACACACAGAUAGAUGUCAUAUUUACUCUGUGUUAAUAAAGGUCCAUAAUAGAUCCUCACAAAACGACGGGGUUCAUUCUCAAUGUUCACAAAAAAUCUAAUCAAAUGUUUAUAUUUAUAUUUAAGUUGUUUUUUUAAUGUGUGCACUGAUUAUAUAAACAUACUUUUUGUGAGUCUGAACCACUGCCUUUUUUCUUUCUCUGCUGAUCGGACUGAGCUGCAGUGU